AUGAAGGGCACAUGCGAUAGAUGCGUAAGUCUUGCAGACAUUCUACCACAAUCCACUGAAAACUGUGCUCACAAAGCGAGCAGGCCCUAUCCAAAGUCAAAUGCGAUCGGGCUCUUCCAUCGUGUGCCAGAUGUGUCUCCAUAGGCCAGGAACUCGGCAUUCCUCCACCGUGCCACUACACUGUCUCCCUGCGAUCUCUACGGAAGAAGUCGGGCAAGAAGCAAGGCGAAGGCUCUUCUCGCAAGAACUCAAGACCAACUCACGUCCGGAGCGACACCGCUUCCACAUACUCGGAGGAUGCCAGCAUGUCCCGGGGCGACCAGUCACCCGAUCCUCAACAGACCGAAGGACACAUCACAUCUGCGCCAGCCAUGGACCCAUUGCCUCUGGGAGCUUUCAACGCGGCCGACAUGAAGGCCGACCUCACAGGCGAUCCCUUCACCAUGGACCUCGAAUCCGCUUGCUCGGACAGCUACUUUCCACCCAUGAAUAGCCUACCUGCAAACCCAUUCUCGCUCGACCAAAUGCAAUACCCCAAUUGCCUCAACGCACGCUCUGAAAGCCCAUCUCGCACAACAUAUACCUCCGGCUUCCCGGACACCACGCACAGCAGACAGGUCCCCUGCUGUGCCGAUCUCGUCUGCCUCACCGUUCACGAACUCUGGCGAGCUUCCCGUCGCAGCCCAUGUGCCAACACACAGCCUCCGCUGGCUCAAACAUUGGACCAAGCUUUGAUGCUCCACCGCACCGCUCUGGAAGCCUUCGCCACCGUCCUCAAAUGCUCCUGCGCAGAAGAUCAAGAAUUUGUCUUCAACGCCGCUUUCAUGCUGCAUUCCAUCCUCGGCUUCUAUCGUACCAUUGUCCAAACCGCCCUCCCCCGCUCUUACCAGUCUUCCAACGACGGCAUGAUGCACAUGCAACAAGGCGUGCAAUUUCUCGGCGGCAUGCACCACCAACAACAUCUUCCUUCUUCGAGCUCUGCCACCACUCCCCUCUCCACGCCCGGAAUCGGCCUCGCGGCUCCUCUCCGACUCGGAGUCUACACCAUGGACGCGGAAGACGAACACCGCUUCAAAUUACAGGUCCUCCGAAGCGAGAUCACCAAAGCGUCACGGAUGAUGGACGAUUUCGUGGCAAAGUACUGUCAAUACGCCAAUCCGGAAGAGACGCUCGCUCCGCCUCAAUCGGCACUCUUGAAGUACACCCUGAGCAUGGAACUGAAGACUUGUCUGGACGAAUUGGAUGAGAGAGCCGCGAUCUACAGUAGUGCAGGGUGUUGA